AUGGCCGAUGUCCGAUUCACUAGCACACUUCCCGAUUUUGGAUUGGCAAUGGAGGGUACGAAAUGGUCGGAGAGAGGGUGGACGUAUCAGGAAGACGCCCUUUCUCCCAGAAGGCUCUUUUUCCUGAACUCAGAGGUAUGGUUCGAGUGCCAGGAAAUGAUGUAUCGCGAGGACCCAUAUUCUGCUGGCCAUAAUCCCCAGGUCUUGAGGAACGGGUGUUUGACUAGCAGAGAAUCUACUCGGCUGCGGAAAGAUAGUUCUAUUCCUCCGGGGGACUUCCAUAGACACCUCAGUGCAUACGCAGAGAGAUCCCUUACCUACAAGUCGGAUAUUUACUACGCCUUCUCGGGAAUAAUCAAUGCUCUCUUUCCGAGAUCUCCAGCCAGCUACGGGCUACCACACUUGGCAUUCCACGAAGCGAUACUCUGGGGAGUUAAAGAAGGAAGAUUAGUUCCACGCAUUCGCGAGCGAGAUCGCGAUGAUGACUCCACAAUUUUGCCAUCCUGGUCUUGGGUUAGUGUGUUCGGGAGCGUGGAAGACCAUUCCAGCUCAUUGGUGGCACCUCUCGUGGACUGGUUUGAAACGGGCACAUCCGUCGGCAUCAGUCCAAUCAUCGCAGCCAAGACACCCCGUGGUUGGGAAAGAGGUGUUCUCACUGACUGCUUUCCGCUUUUUCUUGCACUUGCUUGGUCAAACGGGUGCUUCGACGCCCCGUCACGGAAUAUUCUUCCGGAGAACUUCGACUUCAAGCAUGACAAAACGAAGGAAGAACUCUGGGCUCGCUGGCCGAAUGUCGAGUCAUUCUGGAGAGAGUGUCACCAAGACAGAGGGUCAAAAGACAGUCUGUUGCUCUGGGAUUGUGCAUCUCCUGGGGUCAUCAUUUGCCGCGCUCAAACAGCCUUUUUCAAACUAAAGCCUCACCCGGAACACAAAUUUUGCAUACAGCAGGGGCUCCUUUUGGACAUUGUAAACGAAAAUGGAAUGGAGAUUGGGCAAGUUGGAAGUUCCGAAUUUCAACUCAAGUCAGGUCGCAAGAUGGAAGGGCCGGAUCUGGAGCGAAAAUUCGAAUUCGUGGCGGUUUCAACGUCAACAUACGCACAGUGGCUAGCUUGUGACAGACUAUGGCAUGGACCUACAAGAUCAUCCUUGGAGUGGUUCGGGAACUGGAUUGUAGAGGUUCCGGUAGUAAAUGUCUUUCUUAUCGGAUGGCGAGAAGAUGUUCCCACUGCUCGUCGGAUGAGCAUUGGCUGGAUUUACCUUAAGGCCUAG